CGACCGAGUCCCAGAAGACGAACGAACUAUGAGUGAGGGCGUGGCCGGGCUGAAGGAAACUCAGAAUCUCAUCGGCGAGCUACCAGCGGCGGUUGUGACCGCGGCGUCGGCUGUAUCCUUGAACGCACCCGCCGUUCCGGCCAAUGUGGUGACCAUUCCGGUACCCAUUCUGCAGUCGGAGGGCAAUUUCGCAUACAUCACCGUUAAGGGAUCUCUCCACGAUUACACUUGCACCAUCUUUGGCCUGAAUCAGGCGGAAGUUCAAGCCCUGUCCAAGCGCUUCGAGAGCGGAGUUAAGGCCUGCGUCAAUGGUAUUAUGGUGGCAGUGCCGCCCAUGGUUAUGCUAAACACUCUGGCCCAGCUAAGUUACAAGGUUGUCUGCAGUUGCGGCGAGGCCGAGAUCUGUUGGACCAUGCAGCGUGAGGUCUAAUUUGAUUGACCGCGAUCACACUGUCACAUCGU